AUGGGCUGCGGAAGCAGCAAGGUGCUGCCAGAGCCCUCGGUUAAAAACGGUUAUGUGAGCUUCGUGAAGUCGGUAGUUUGCUACAGUCACAAAAGAAAAGAGUUAGAUAAUGAGCUACAGAAGUGUAAAGGGAAGCAGAAAGACCUUUGGAGUGUUGUUCAGAGCAGUGGAGGUACGGGUACACAGGCGCCGUCAAGCAUUCAACUGCCGACAGGCCAGGAUGGGCAGGGGCACAACAAAGUGGCCAAGUACAAGGCAAAGUUUGAUCCCAGAGUCACAGCAAGGUAUGAUAUCAAAGCCCUGAUCGGUAGGGGGAGUUUCAGCCGGGUGGUACGUGUCGAGCACCGAGCCACCCGCCAACCCUUCGCCAUCAAGAUGAUGGAGGUGGAGGCCAGGGAGGGGCGAGAGGUGUGUGACUCUGAGCUGGGGGUGCUACGCAGGGUCAGCCACCUCAACGUGGUGCAGCUGGUGGAGGUGUUCCAGUCACCCCAGAGGGUCUACAUGGUUCUGGAAUUGGCCACGGGCGGGGAGCUGUUCGACCGUGUCAUCGCUAAGGGCCACUUCACCGAACGCGAUGCCACCAGAGCCCUGCAGAUGACGUUAGCCGGGGUGGGGUAUCUUCACUCUCUGGGCAUCACACACAGGGACCUGAAACCUGAGAAUCUGUUGUACUACCACCCUGGAGCCGACUCACGCCUGCUGGUGACUGACUUUGGGCUGGCCAGCUUUGGGAAUAGGGAUCCUGGAGGGGGUGAGGGUGGAGGUGGAGAUGGAGUGGGCGGUGGAAAUGGAGAUGGUGGAAGUGGAGAUGGCGGCGGUGGAGUUGGAGAUAGUGGAGUUGGAAGGGAUGGAGGAGGUGGCGGUAGAAGAGACUGGUCCAUGAGGACCACAUGUGGGACGCCAGAGUACAUGGCCCCAGAGGUGGUCUUGAGGAGGCCCUACUCCUGCCAGGUGGACAUGUGGGCCCUGGGGGUCAUAGCCUACAUCCUACUCAGCGGCUCCAUGCCCUUCGAGGACGACAGCCGGCCCAGACUCUACAGAGAUAUCCUCAGGGGAAGGUACAGCUUCCACGGAGAGCCCUGGCCCUCUGUGUCCAACCUGGCUAAGGACUUCAUCGAGCGCCUCCUAGGGGUGGACCCUUCAUCUCGCCUCACCGCCAUCCAGGCCCUCCACCACCCCUGGGUGGUCACUAUGUCGGCAAGCUCCUCCUCCAUGACCAACCUGCACCGCUCCAUCUCCCAGAACCUCCGGCGACGGGUGUCUCGGGCCUCCGUACCCUCCUCCUCGUCAUCCUCCCGAUGCCCCAGCAGCACAGGCUCCGGGGCCAGCCACAGUCGAUCUACGCACCAGUGGGAGAAAGAGCUGCUGGAGAGGAAGCAGACCCAGAGACCCUCCACCCAGAACCAGAGACGACAGCCAGGGAACCAGGACACGACCCAGUCUCUGAGGCCCACCAAGCCCCAGAAGCCCCCUGAGCAGGUUCAGCCAGCGGGCUCCACCACCACCACCCAGCCAGGGUCGCCCUGCCAAAAACCCAGUCACAGUGAGCACCCUGGGUGA